UUCUCAGCCUGGCUCUGGGAGGGGACUGGGGGCUAGUCGGUUAGAGCAGCGCGGGAGAGGGGCUGGAAGUCAGGACUCCUGGGUUCUAUUCCCACAGACUUGUCGUGUGACUUGGGUGAGUGGCUUAUCCUGUUUGGCCCUCAGUUUCCCCAGCUGUAUCAGGAGCGGAGUGACAGACACACCCUGAAAAGGGAAGUGCUGCGUGGAGGGAGGCCGUGGCUCUGUCCCGGCUCCUUGGGAACCCCGCCCGGUGCCUUCGUGACAGCCCAGGAUGGCCACGCCCUGGUUCCUGCCGAUGUCCGUGUGGCUCCCGCUGAGCCUCCUUCCUGUGUGCCAAGCUCAGGAGACCCCUCCGUCCGGGUGCGGCACGGAUCUGGCCUCGCUGUACUACAACCUCUGCGACCUGUCGGCGGCCUGGGGCAUAGUGCUGGAGGCGGUGGCCAGCUUCGGGGCAGUGACCAGCUUCGUGCUCGCCAUCAUCCUGGUGGCCAGCCUGCCCUUCGCCCAGGACCCCAGGAAAAAGAGCCUGGUGGGGACUCAGGCGUUCUUCCUCCUGGGCACGUUCGGCCUCUUCGGCCUGACCUUCGACUUCAUCGUCAAGCGAGACUUCUCCACCUGCGCCUCACGGCGCUUCCUCUUCGGGGUCCUCUUCGGGAUCUGCUUCUCCUGCCUGGUGGCCCAUGCCCUCACCCUUAACUUCCUGGCCAGGAGAAACCAUGGGCUGCAGGGCUGGGUGACCUUCGGCGUGGCCCUGCUGCUGGCCCUGGUGGAGGUGAUCAUCAACGCCGAGUGGCUGCUUAUCACCCUGGUGAGGAGCAACGGCCCCUCCCAGGACCCCUGCACCGUGGCCAACGAGGACUUCGUCAUGGCGCUCAUCUUCGUCAUGUUCCUCCUGUUGGCCGCCUUCGCCACUGCCUGGCCAGCCCUGUGCGGCCGCUACAAGCACUGGAGGAAGCACGUCGUCUUCAUCCUCCUCACCACCUCCCUGUCUAUGACCAUCUGGGUGGUCUGGAUCAUCAUGUACCUCUACGGGAACCAGCAGAGGGGAGGCCUGGCCUGGGACGACCCCACCCUGGCCAUUGCUCUGGUGGUCAAUGCCUGCGUCUUCGUCUUCUUCUACAUCAUCCCUGAGGUCUCCCAGGUGACGCGGCCGGGCCCAGAGCAGGCCUACGAGGACAACAUGUACCCGACCAGGGGCGUGGGCUAUGAGACCAUCCUGAAGGAGCAGAAGUCCCAGAGCAUGUUUGUGGAGAACAAGGCCUUCUCCAUGGAUGAACCCGCCUCAGGCAAGAAACCGGUGUCACCUUAUAGCGGGUACAACGGGCAGCUGGUGACGAGCGUGUUCCAGCCCACGGAGAUGGCUCUGAUGCACAAAGGGCCCUCCGAAGGCAACUACAACGUCAUUCUCCCCCGGGCCAGCGCCAGCAGCCAGGUGACCAGCAGUGCCAACUCCACCCUGCGCGCAGAGGAUGCCUACGCGGCACAGAGCUGGCACGCAGCAGCCCAGAAGGAUGGCAAGGGCGUCCAGGCUCCCUCUCCGUACAGCAAGAGCAGGUGGUAGGGAUCCCUGCCCUGGCUUCUGCUGCUCUAGAAAUCACCGGCGAUCCCCUUCCUCCAAAGAGGGAACCUGUCUCCUUCCCCACCCGUGGACAGUCAAGCCAAGGCCAACGACGGGAACUGAUCCUAGAGCCUCCAGCCAGGCUGGGUCUAAGCCCAGGAGAGGAGAGAGAAUCCAGCUCCUUCCCCGCCCAGCCAUCCGCAGAGGGAAUCCAGAGACUGCAAAACACUGGCUUGGCCCUCAACCCCGCUGUGCUAUUGAUCCUCCUGCUGGGGACGCUGGACUGCACAGGCUGCCUAUGAGCUGGGAUACUCCAGGGGCUUGGGUCCUGAACGUGGGAACGGUCCCUGUUGGCAGCGUUCACCCUCCUGGCAGCGGUGAGCAUGUGCUGCCUGGCGCCUCGUCCCCGUGGGAAUCGCCUCUUGGCUGCAUGAGCCACGUUCGCUUUGCUGCAGGGCCCGCUCUCCCCGCUGGCUCCAUCGAUUCGCUCCCCGUCCCCUCCUGAAGCCCCGGGACAAUCUGCCACUCGGUGUCCGGGUGCAGGAGAACCACCCGGCUGCAGGCUUCGAAGGCAGUAGCUUCACGUGGGAGACCGGCGAGCAGCUCUGUCUGAUGGAGCCUCCGCUUGCAGGGAGCCGAGCUGAGCAGGUCUCGGCUGGGACCUGCCUUGGACAGAGCCACACAGAUCUCCCCGAUGUUGCCCUUGGUGUGGGGCCCUCCAGGGGCUGCGUGGCAUUCCCUGCCCCAGAGCCACGCCCAUUCAGCCCAGCAUGGAAGAAGCUGGGUCCCACGACUGGCGUCCUCCACAGGCCCUGCCCUGGGGUCCAUUCCUUCCUGUUGCAAAGCCCGUGUGGUAUCUUCCCCACCACGUCUUGGCCGGGAGAGCACAGGCUCUGGCUGGGUCCCUGCCUGGCUCUGAGACGCGUUCUCUCGGUAAGCCCCUCAGCUGACGCAGGAGACCUCAUGGUGCUUUCUCCCGGGCGUCUCCGUCCUGGGUUUGGAGAGCGAGGUGCAUAGAGGUGUUUGCUCACGGAUCUGCUGCACUGCUGUAUGGGAACUGACCCUUCUGCAGCAACUGCUGUCUGUUCUCUUGCCCCAGCUGGUGCUCAAAGCGGGGGUCUCCCCAGCCAGGUGCAGACUGGGGCCAGCAGCAAGAUGCCCCAUGCACAUGUGCGGUGGCUCCUGGGGGAGCUGCUGCAGCCGGGUGCGUGCUGUGUGGGGAGCUGGCAACGGUCUCGCAUGGGGGCAGGGGCAGCAAAACCUGGCAGCCCACUCGUGUGGAUAUGCAGGUGGAGCAGAACUGGGGUUGAGGUCCUGUCCCCCUCCCACCCUGUGAGCACCCUGCGCUGCCAGCCAGCUGCUCUGAGACCUGCCAUGGUCUCCCAGGGCUUCCUCUUGGCUUCAGCUGUCCCGGGAUCCCUCCCCUCCUCCACCAUAGGCGUGGAGCUGUGGGAGGUGUGGGGCUGGGGUCAGAAUGCAGGCCGGGGAACCAGCAGCACCACAGCGCUCACCCAGCCCUGACUCCUGCUGUGCCUCAGUUUCCCCAUCUGCCAAGAAGGGAUGACGGCACUGAUCCCCUUCCCAUGCCGCUGGCUGCGGAGAGGGCGAGUGAUCUCCUGGCACAGAGUGAGAUCAGAGGCAAGAAACAGGCCGUGGUGUGGGGGAAGGGGAGGAGACUGAGUGAGGAAAGACCGAGAUCCAGGGCUGUCCCGGGUUCUUGACAGCCUGGUCCGCCUCCCCCCUCUGAACAACCCUUUGGCCUCUUCUCCAGCCUCUCAGAGUGCCGCAUUCAGGGCCUUCCUACAGGGACUGUCAAAUCAUUUGAUUUUUUACCGAUCCCGCAAUUGUAUGGGAUGGGCGUGGCCUACAUCAUGUGGGCGUGGCCAGUCCCUCUACCAUCUUUGGUCUCCGACAUGCAAAGGACCAGAUUCUGCUCUCGUUCGCCCCGGCGUCCAGGGGGAGCGAGUCCAUGUUGGUGUCAGCAGCGGCGUUCCGGGAUCACCGCAGUGCCACCGAGAACAGGGAUUAUCCUCCCCAGACUGGGUACCCAGGGCCGCAGGGGUGCUGGAGCGAGCGUGCUGUUGACUCGAAUGUUAUUCCCCCUCCCCCAGCGCGGAACUGUCCCUUUGCCUUUUCAAGUGACUUUUGGCUUUUUUUCGGUCACUGUGUUUGCAGAAUAAAGCUGGUUUUUCCUA